GAUUACCAUCGGAAGGCACACACCCCGUAACCAUCGCAACGAAGACGACACUAGCGAUCGACCGAGAUCCACCCACCCACUCCCACGCGAUCCGAGGAAUUGCAAGAACGGUUGUGCAUUGAGACGCCGAGCAGCAAAGCACGAAGCAAACAAUAUUACGGCUCUCCGCCAUGAUCCGUUUGUUUCCCAACGCCGCAACAGCUGCUGUUGCAACCCGUGCAAGCACGAAGAGGAGUUCUGCCCGCAUGUCUAAUCUAUUCCGAUUGCAGGGAGGAGCAGGAAAUCCCGCGGGGACGACGAGUACAAAUGCAAAUGCGAAUACGAAUGCGUACACUAGGACCGCCGUUCGGCACUUUCAGAUCGGGAACAAGGGCGACGACAACAAUAGCAGCAGCAGCAAGAGCGGCUCGAAGAAAACGGGCGGCCCGGUGGUGAUCGGGCGGUCGUCCCGGAGCAAGCGAUUGCGGGGAAAGGGGCCACACAUGCGGAGCAGAAACAAAGACAAGAGCAACAACAACCAGGAUUCCAUGAUCAGCCACAUUAUCAGCGGAGGGACCCCGCUGGACCCGGCUCCGCCCCCGUUCGAGCUCGCCAAUUUCGGGGAGGACAGCGUCCACACGCUGGUCCUUCUGCGGCAUGGCGAAUCGGAGUGGAACAAGCUAAACCAGUACACGGGGUGGUGCGACGUGAACCUCACGGACGAGGGGGAGCUGGAGGCCCGGGCGGCCGGCAGGCUGCUCUUUGAGAACGGCAUCGAGAUCGACCAGGCCUUCACCUCGGUUCUCAAGCGGGCCUCGUUCUCCUGCAACAUGGCCCUGAACCAUGCCAACCAGCACUGGGUCCCGGUCACGAAAUCGUGGCGAUUGAACGAGCGUCACUAUGGAGCGUAAGUUCGCAUAGUCUGUUGUAGUAGUUGUUGUUGUGAUUGAGUUUUGUGGUUUCGUUUCGGGUGAAAGGGGCACGGAAAUGGAUGUGAUGCGUGUUUUGUUACCCUGCUUGUUCGACUAUACUCCUGGAGCAUUCUGGUGCAAUUGUUUUCGUUGUGGAAUACCAGGAACUUCUGUGAAAGAUGCAUCGUGCGAGACGCAACUCAUUUGUCGGAAAAAAAUCCACGUUGUCCUGUCCCGUUCCUUAUUUUAACUAUUCUUUUCCAGUCUCCAAGGAUACCACAAAGAUGGAGCCUAUAAAGAACUGGGACUGGACCAAGAACUCGUGAUGCAGAUGCGACGGUCCUACGAUGUUCGGCCACCCAGGAUGGAGGACGACCAUCCGUAUUGGCACGGCAACUACCGGCGGUAUCGAAAGCUCUCCAAGGAGCAACUCGAGUCGAGCCGCACCGAAUCGCUCAAGGACGCGGCGGACCGCAUCAUGCCAUUUUACAACUCGGUCAUUGCUCCGUCCCUUCGAUCGGGAAACAAAUGCCUGAUCGUCUCGCAUGCCAAUACCAUCCGAACGCUCAUAAAAAAUAUCGACGGAAUCAGCGACGAGGACAUCAAGGGAAUGUCGAUCCCGACGGGUAUACCUCUCCUGUAUCGACUCGAUAAGGACCUGCAGCCCGUAUGUCCCGUCUCCGAACUUGAAUUCCGAUUUAUGGUGGAACCGAAAGGGUGAGUGAUGGAUUGCUCGAAUGCUUGGUGUGUGUCCCUUUCUUUUUGCGAAGAACGACGAAUCCAAUGCAUCGCACAUGGAUCUCAUUUGCGUUGCUGUUUCUUCUCCGUUUCUACUCGUCACAAUUACUAUCGUUACCUCGGUCCAGGUACACAUGGGGUACCGACAUCAAGCAUGGCUUCAAUGGUGUGUAUCUGGGUGACCUGGAGCGGCUGCAGGACAUUCAGAACAAACGCGACAAAACCAAUCGCAACUGGCAGCGAAUCAUUCUGUACAAUAUUGCCAAGGCCCUGGAAAUAGCAACUUCCACCGAGGCGAUCGGUGCGUCCGGUAGCGCCAAGGGCUCCACGGCUGAAAACACGGGCGAGGCCGAGGACGACGGCAAAAACGUCGAGGCAGAGGUCCCCAACAACGAAUCUCCCUUUCCAAAAAACCUCAACCGCAAGUUCGUCCUCGAGACACGGCAGCUCUGGUUCAAGCUCCACGAAAAGAUGCAGUCCCCGGAGUACGGCAACAUGCUCUUGCUGGUGAGGAUGAGAGACGAGCUCGAGCACCGGAUGUACCAGCGAAAGCAGCGCUACCUAACUUUUGCGUGCUACGAAGAGCUCGUCAACAAGCUACACCUGGAUGCUGAGGGCCACGUGGUGGAACCCUUUGUGGCGCUGUCGGACCGACAAGACAGGGAGGAACGCCAGAGGCUCCACAUUGAAUCGAUUGCGCAAGAUCUCGAAGCAGAAUGCCUCAUCAAGUGAGCGGAUUUUAGUCCAGUUGACCGGUCCGUUUGUCCCUUUCCGUCAGAAGGCUCGCUGAUGAAUCAUUGUUUGCGAUUCAGAUAAUUCAAGAAAGGUUGGUAGUGCGGAUGCCACCAUAUUGUCCAUGGCACGGUACAGUUGCGGACCUUCAUUGGCCUUUCGGUUCAAAACCUGAAAUAAAUGCCUACAAGGGCC